AUGGAUGGCCCGCUACAGGAUCCCAGAGAGAAUCACCACUGGAAUCACCAAGGACGCCAGUUCGAAUCAGACAUGUUCCGGCGUUUAAUAAAGUUGACGGGAGCCAAACACUGGAGGACCACAGCCUAUCACCCACAAGCCGACGGGAUGCUGGAGAGAUUUCACCGACAGCUAAAAGCAGCCAUCAGAUGCCAUGAGACCGAUGAAUGGACCGAAGCCUUGCCAAUAAUACUCAUGGGCAUCAGAGCGGCAAUUAAGGAAGACAUCAAAGCAACUCCAGCAGAAAUGGUGUACGGAGAAUCAAUCCACUUACCUGGAGAAUUCUUCGACACAACCAAAAACGAAACAAACGAGACGGACUUCAUCGGCCGUUUACGCAACCUCAUGGGGCGUCUAACACCCAAGCUAAAGCGGCAUGGCAGGAAAGACGUGUUCGUACAUCAAGAUCUGGAAAAGACACCCUACGUUUUCGUCAGACAGGACGCGCCAACAGGCGCACUCCACCCCCGCUAUAAUGGACCAUACGAAGUCAUCAAGCGGACAGAGCGAUUUUUUACCAUCCAGACGGGAGGCAAAUCUACGAACGUCUCGGUAGAACGCCUCAAACCGGCAUACACUCUCAUAGAAACCGAAACGCCCUCAGCUACGGAGAACGAACAGAGAACCAAACAGGCAACUGAGCCCACACCAACAGCAAUUACACGAAAUAGCAAAACUCGAAAACCAGUCGUCCGAUUCCAGGCGGGAGUUUAA